AUGUUGGACAAACACUCCCAGAUACUGGAAAAUGUAUCUCACCAUCAAGCAUCAGAAAACACGAAAUACCAUGCAUUGUAUGCCUACUAUUAUCUCAGCAAGUCAAGAUCCGAGUUGGCAACAUUAUACUGCAAGCACCAUUCUACUAUCAGCAAAUGGAUUCGCGAAUACGAGGGACAGCAGUCCUUCCGUAAUGGACAAUCUUCUCGCAGCAGGUUUCACAAGCUCAGUGAGGAAGAAGUGGAGUGGAUUCGUCAGUUAUAUAUCGAGUAUCCCUCUACUUAUCUGGAUGAAGCUAAAACGCUUUUUGAAGAUACUUUCCGGAAGAAAAUAAGCUUGUCAACUAUUUGCCGCAUACUCACCAGAAUUGGAUUUUCGAGAAAAGUACUUGAAAAGCGUGCCGUACAGAUCAAAGACGAGGAUAUAGACUUCUUUUGUAGCGAACUUCAAAGCCUUCAAUGGGACACGUUCAACAUACUCUUCUUGGAUGAAGUCAGCUUCGAUAACCGCGAUAUGAACCGUGAUAAGGGUUAUGGACCGAUCGGAAAAAGAGUUCUGAAUCAUGGUAACCACGUACGUCGGGCAAGGAUUUCCCUGUUGUGUUUUCUAGGAAUCGGAGGGUUACUCGAAGCAUCCAUGACAGAUGGUACGUUCACAAGACUAAAGUUUUUUGAGGCUUGUCGUGAAUUCGCUUUACGUGGUCCAGUACACCAAUACCCCGGGAAAAAUUCGAUUUGGAUACUUGACGGUGCGAGAAUUCACACAGAUGCUAACAUUGUCCGAUACUUUCGUUCGCUGGGUAUUAUGUUUGUAUUCCUUCCGGGCUAUUGCCCCCACUUCAACCCCAUUGAAAUUUUAUUCGGAUUAGUUAAACAACGUUUCAAAAAGGAAUUUAACGAAUUGAAACUCAAAGAUUUAAAAUUAUUUGUACUGGAAAUCCUCAUGGAAUAUAGAAAUUUUGAUGCGAAGAAUUUGUUUCGUAAGUGUGGAUAUUACCCAGGAGGCAAGUUUAAACCAUAA